UAAAAUCUCUGCUGAUUUCGACAAUCUACAUCAGUCUUCUUCUUCGAACGAGAGUAGCUGUACACCGCCUCCAUAUUCAACAUGAAAACAAUCAUUGCCCUCUGCGCCCUCGUGGCCGUCGCCAUCGCAGCACCCCCUCACGAUCAAGCGGUCAUCGUGAAAGAGACACCACUGGACAACAUCGGUGUUGAUGGAUACCAGUAUGGUUACGAGCUCUCCAACGGUCAGGCCCAUCAAGAGUCUGCCCAGUUAGUGAACGCCGGUCAUGAGAACGAGGCUCUCGUUGUCCGCGGUAGCUUCACCUACGUCGACCCGGAGACCAACGUCAGGUACACCGUCAACUACGUCGCCGAUGAGAACGGAUUCCACCCCGAGGGAGCGCAUCUACCGUCCAUCUAAAUGUAUUAAUUACCAGCAAGAUACUAAAAGUCGAUAUGAAAAACAGCUAGCUCUGGAUAAAUUUGCCUGAUGAUCAUCAAAUGGGCCUGGUGAGCCCGAAGAAGAAUUGAAGAGUACAGACAUUCUCGAUCGUUUUAAUCAUUCGAUAUAGAUAUCUGCAUAAUUGGCUUAUAAUGCAGUAGAUAUUAAAUUCACGAUUUAUUAGUAUACAGAUGCUUCGUGGAUAAAUAUACUGAUUUGCGUAAUGAUAUCGAAUGUAUAACUGCGAAGCUGUACCAUUUCCAAUAGUCAUUUGUAUGAUGGAUGAUCGAAUACGAAUGAUAUUGUUUUAAAUAAAAAUUAAAUGUUAUGUUUUCACGUCGCGGAUGUAUAAUGUAUAUAUCUA